AGUUCGAAUUGUUAAAAGGUUUUAAACAAGUGAAGUUGUGUGACUCAUAAGGUUUUUUAUUUAUCGUUGAAUAGCCUUAUUUUCGAGAUAAAUUACUAUUACGAUAUAAAGGAUAUUGUUUUGUUUAAAUUCCUCAAAACAAACUUUAUUAGUUGGAUUGAAAUUAAUUCACAGGUAAAUUGAAUUUUCCCCAUUUAUGAUUGAAAAUCAUCUGAUCUCAUAUUUUAUCUAUAUCGUCGACACCUAAUCGCCUUUUGUUUCAAUCGUUACAUACAAUGUAUUAUUAAUGCUAACAUAUUGUUUAUAAGUCGUAAUAGAGCUCAUCCUAGCCUAAUAGUAUUCGUAUCAUUCUGUUUUACAAUUAUAGGGUGGAUGCGGAAGGUAAAAACUAUGAAAGGUUACUAAUUUACAGUGGAAUUAUUUAUUAUUUAAUUAGCAGCUCUAUUUCAUUUAAUCCACAGCUAUGAUUGUUAAAAAAAACCCUCUUGCAGAUAGAUAUCUGUCAUAUAAAAUCAGUAUGAAAGAAUAUAUAUUGAAAUAUAUAAAUGUAAAGACAGAAACUUACGAAGAUAAUUUCUUUUGUUUUCGUUAUCAUGUUGCUGUAUCGGUUCAUACAUUUUAACAUAAUACUAUCACAAUAAUUAAAUAAUUAGCAAUAUUUUCUCUUUUUUAGACCUAAGAUAUCUUCUAGUCAGUUCUCUUUUUAUGAAACUUUGCGAAGUAAUUAAACUGGACAAACUACUUUAACAAUGCUUAAGCAAAAUGAUCUCAGCGAACCCAACGAAGUAAAUAAUAACUCCUCCACAAAAUUGGAUAAACCUCCUCUAAAACCAAAACCAAAGAUUACAAGAUCUCCUGCGACAGAUAUUAAAGAAACAACUUUUUCUAACGAUGUGUUCACCGAAAUAAAACCGCGGAUUGACAGCUAUUCGUCAAAAUUGAGUAUUGGAAAGGACCCACCCUCUGGAAUUCUCGCGAGUGAUAUGGGCUGUGUUUUUGGAGUUAAUAGACAAUUAAAUGACGAUGACGAAAAUAACGAAAGUAGCGAUAGCAAAGACGACUCUCUGCUGGAUGAUUCUACCGCACCCACCCUUCCAAAACCUGGUCUCGUUAAAGACAGAAUUAGGAUAUUUGGAGCAUGCGAAGCAAAAGCAAAUUCAUAUAAUUCAAAAUUACAUGUACCAAAUACCCUUCAAAAACCAGCAGAAUUAACUUUAAGAAGAAAGUCAGACUCAAAUAAUGAUCCUAUGAAGAGAUUAUCAACAAAUUCAUCAUCAUCCGGUAACAGUAGUUUUUCAUAUAGAAUCUACGAAGAUAUGGAAGAAGAAUUUCCAAAUGAUUCUGAACGUGAAGACGCUGAAAAAAGAUCUAAAAAAGAGUACCGAUGUCAUUCACUUAGAAUGGAGUUAUUAGAAACAGAAAAAACUAUGUUUAGGAGAUACGACUAUUUGAUUAAAAAAUUACCCGAAAAAUGGGAAAAUUAUCGGGAAAAACACAACAUCUCACCAAUCGAGGGUUUUGAAGAGCGUUUAUUAAAAUUUUUAGAAACUUUGUACCUUUGCAGCGAAACUCUAAUUGCAGAUUUAGAAAAGAGAAUGCAAUCAGAAUGGAAGAAAAAACCAUAUAUAUUAGAUGUUAUACUCAAUAUAGGACCUUACCUAAAAUGUUAUACGCCUUACCUAGCAAAAUGGGAAGCUGAAGUUUCCCCACUAGCCCAUCUGAAAAAAGAAAAUCAACACUUUUGUAAAUUUGCAGAUAUGAGAGACCUGGAAGUGAGAGAAUUAAAUUUAGGUUUUAACUUAGAAGAAGUAUUUAAAGCGCCAACGUUUCGUUUAAUGAAAUAUCCAAUUUUACUGGAAAACUAUAAAUCCUAUUUGGAACCUCAUAUGGAAGAUUACAAUUAUAUAGAUACGGCUAUUAGAAUAACGAAGGCAGCUGCUGAACAUUCCAAUAUCACGUUAGGAGCUCGCAAUGAUUAUAAAGAGUGUCUAAAAUGGCAAAGACAAAUCAUUGACUAUGAUAAAAUACCGGAAAAAUUAAGGAAAUUCGUUCAUUUUGGCCAAGUUAAGAAAUUUUGUAGAAGUGUAAAGCAAGACAGAUACUUGCUGUUGUUUUCGGAUGUCCUAUUGGUAUUAAGAGAAAUUAUAACGGGACAAUAUAAGUGUCCACAAUAUUUUGACUGGACGGUUGAUGGGGUUGGAAAAAUCGAUUUUGAACUAAAGGACAAUCCUUUGGCUUUUACUAUUGCAAGUAAAAAAUUAGCGAUGAAGUUUGAGGCUUUAGAUGAGCAAUCGUUUAAUUGUUGGAGAGAAAAGUUGCAAAAAGUAUUAGACACAGAUGAUAGACAUCAGGGAGAUGAAGGAGAAACUGAGGAACCUAAACCUUGGAUAAAUGAUCAAGAAGUUACAAAAUGCCAAGCAUGCAGUAAAAAGUUCAAAAUAAUCAACAGGAGACAUCAUUGCAGGAGAUGUGGGAAGAUUUUCUGUGGUGCUUGCUCGGAUGGUUCAGCUCCUUUAGAUGAUGAUAAAUAUAAGGGAAAGAUAAAAAGAGUUUGCUAUGUUUGCUAUGCCAUUUUAUUAGGCGAACAUGAAAAGAAGUAUAGAGAAUUAAGAUCUCUAGCGAAUAGCCCAGGAAUUAACAUGGGCGAAAUUCAAAGAAUAUAUCAAUCUAUAAUUAAUAAGUUUAAGAGACCAUCUAUAAUCAUCGAUUACGAAACUGCAUUACAAAAAUUGAAAGAUCAAGAGAAAGCUGCCAUAUCGAGAGAAUGUGAUAAAUCAAGUUUCUUAUUCUAUCGAAGAGGUGUUAAUAAUACAAAAUGGGAGAAAAAAUGGGUUGUUUUAAUUGAUGAAGUUUUGUAUCUUUAUGGAGCACCACAAGAUUCAAAGGCAGAAGAAACUAUUCCACUACUAAGUUGGAAACUUAAUUUCACGCCAAGGUCUGAAGAAAGUCAAUAUUCAGGAGCAACAAGGCCAAGAAAGGGUUCCGUUGCAAAGGAUUUAGCUAGUCAUUUUAAUUCCAAUUUUUCCACGAUGGACUCUCGCACUGAAUUUUCGUUAUUUCAUAAAAAUGUACCAGCUAUAAACUUGAAAGCUGAUCAAUCUAUAGCUGAGGAAUGGAUUACUAAAAUUCAAGAUGUUUUAUCGAAAUAUGAUCCUGCUUAA